AUGGCCCCUCUUCCAUUCUCCCAGCAACCUCCCGCAACAUCAUUCCUCAAACUCUCCUACCCAGCAGCACGAGUCCUCCAAAUGACCAUGUCCCGCGAAAAAGACAUGAACUGCACCUCCCGCGCCGCAUUACUAGAAAUGACCUCAAUCUUCCGCUGGUUCGACUCCGAACCAACCCUCACCGUAGCAAUCCUCACCGGAGCCGGCACCCGCGCAUUCUCCACGGGCGCAGACCUCAAAGAAUGGAACCGAAACGUCGCAGCAGCCGUAGCAGGAGGUCAAGACACCGCCAACCUAGGCCCGGGCAAUGUCCCCGGCGUCGAAGCCCUGAGUAACCGUCGAGGCAAGAAACCCAUAAUCGCCGCAGUCAACGGUCUGGCUCUUGGAGGCGGAUGCGAGAGUGUUCUGAACUGCGACAUCGUCAUCGCAGCCGAUCAUGCGGAAUUCGGACUCGUCGAGGCGAAACGAGGCUUGGCGGCGUAUUCUGGGGCUUUGCCUCGACUCAUUCGGAUUGUGGGAUUACAGCGUGCUUCGGAGUUUGCGCUUACGGGGAAGAUGAUUUCUGCGAGGAAAGCGUUCGAGUGGGGGAUUGUUAAUGAGGUUGUGUCGGGAGGGGAAUUGCUUGAGAGGGCGGUUGAGUGGGCGAAGGAGAUUGCAGAGAUUAGUCCGGAUUCUGUAAUUUGUACGCGCGCUAUGUUGAGGGAGGGGUGGAGGACGGCGGAUGUUGUUGAGGCGACUAAUGUUACGAAUGAGAGGGAGUGGAAUGAGUUGCAGAAGGGGGAGAAUAUGCAGGAGGGAUUGAGGGCUUUUAGUGAGAGGCGGAAGCCGAAGUGGAAGGCACCCAGACUUUGAGCCUCGAUGUGGGCCAUUAUCCACACCUUUCAGUCGGUUCCGCGCAGAGCUUUUGAAGGGUUCAACAAGUGGUCAUUGACUACGGGUCUUUCCUAAGAGUGGGGAUCUUCUUCCAAAGCUCUUUUGCUCCACCGUCGGGUCUCGCUGCGAAAGGGCCGUGUGCUUGUGCAGUAGUUUUUGUGAGCACGGGCGAGAUUUGGUCGAGAAAUAUGUGAAGAUAACAUCAAUAGAUGGAUGCUGAGUGCAC